GGUGACAUUUGGAGGCUGAUAAGGCGGAUCCCCAAGCCCUUGGACUGUAUAUAAGGAACAGCUCUUGCUUGCUGCUGUACACUUCCCAGCCUUCCACCCUUCUCUAGAGACCAGACCGAGAAGAACCAUGAAGUGGCUUCUGCUGAUCAGCUUGGUGGCGCUCUCCGAGUGCUUGAUCAUCAAGGUUCCCCUGGUCAAGAAGAAGUCCUUGAGAAAGAACCUGAAGGAGCAUGGGCUCCUAAAGGAUUUCCUGAAAAAUCACAGCCCCAACCCAGCCAGCAAGUACUUUCCCCAGGAGGCCGCCGUGAUGGCCACGCAGCCCCUGGAGAACUACAUGGACAUGGAGUACUUCGGCACCAUUGGCAUCGGCACCCCCCCUCAGGAGUUCACCGUCAUCUUCGACACUGGCUCCUCCAACCUGUGGGUGCCGUCCGUCUACUGCUCCAGUCCCGCCUGCUCCAACCACAACCGCUUCAACCCUCAGCAGUCCUCCACCUACGAGGGCACCAGCCAGACAGUCUCCAUCGCCUAUGGCACCGGCAGCAUGACAGGCAUCCUGGGCUAUGACACUGUCCAGGUUGGAGGCAUUUCAGACACCAACCAGAUCUUCGGCCUGAGCGAGACUGAGCCCGGCUCCUUCCUGUACUACGCUCCCUUCGACGGCAUCCUGGGUCUGGCCUACCCCCAGAUUUCAUCUUCCGGGGCUACUCCUGUCUUUGAUAACAUGUGGAACCAGGGGCUGGUUUCCCAGGACCUCUUCUCUGUCUACCUAAGCAGCGAUGACCAGAGUGGCAGCGUGGUGAUGUUUGGUGGCAUUGAUUCUUCUUACUUCACUGGAAACCUGAACUGGGUGCCUGUUUCUGUCGAGGGUUACUGGCAGAUCACCAUGGACAGCGUCACCAUCAACGGACAGGCCAUCGCUUGUAGUCAGGGCUGCCAGGCCAUUGUCGACACAGGCACCUCUCUGCUGGCUGGCCCAACCAACUCCAUUGCCAACAUCCAGAGCUACAUCGGAGCCAGCGAGGACUCGAAUGGCGAGAUGACGAUCAGCUGCUCAGCCAUCAACGACCUGCCCGACAUCGUCUUCACCAUCAACGGCAUCCAGUACCCUCUGCCUCCCAGUGCCUAUAUCCUGCAGAACCAGGACUGUGUCAGCGGCUUCCAGGGCAUGAACCUCCCCACCGCCUCCGGAGAACUCUGGAUCCUGGGUGACAUCUUCAUCCGCCAAUACUUCGCUGUCUUCGACAGGGCCAACAACCAGGUCGGCCUGGCCCCCGUGGCCUGAGCCGGCGUCUCUCCCGCCGCGUCCCAGGAAGACCUAGCCUUAGUCGCCCGCUCUAGAUGUCCAUAAUUCUCCUGGUUGUUCUUCCUAUGGGACUGUGGAGGUGGAAGCUUGGUCCCCUCCCCUGUCACACCAAUAACGUAGAAUAAAAACCUGCCCUCCUGAAAAA